AUGUUUAACAUACGCCAAAUGAAAUGGUCGUGUUUUAGUAUAUUAUUUUAUAGAGAACAUUAUUUGUAAAUAUUUGUAGAUUCUAUGAAACAGCGGUAUAACAAGAAUUUGAAAAUGAGAAAGUCUCCGCUAAGUACACCAAGUGGUAGUAAAGAAACGCAGAGUUAUAAUUCGAAAUCAAAUGGCUAUAAAAAUAGGACAGGUUAUAGUAAUCGUAAAAAUGAUAGAUAUCAGUGUACUUUGUCAAAUAAUGGUCAAAGAUAUUCUGAAAAUGAUUUUAUUCCUUUAAAUAAUAGUACACCAUUAUCAGAAUAUAAAAAGUUCAGUAAUUAUUAUGGUUUUGAUGAUCGUAAUCAUCGUAAUUCAGGUAGUGGUAAAUUUAACCAUUACCGGAACAAUUAUCAUUCAACUCCAAAGUUAAAUUUCAAUAAUUCAUACUCUCCUUACAAGCUCCUUGGUAAACAACUCUUUUAUGGUCAGAAAAAAGGAUUUCGAAAGGACAAGUGCAAACGGAAUGACAUAUCAUGCUAUUUAGAUAUGAAGUCUUUCUUGGAAGAUCCUUGGGCAGAAUUAAUAAAGAAGUUGAAGGAAGAUAAAGAAACAAAUUGGAAUGAAUCAUCUAAAAUCGAAUCGACGUCAUCGUUGCAAUUGGUUCAUGUAGAUACAGAAUCAUGUUCUGAAUCUAAAUCUGUAUCGAGCAUUGAUAAUUCUUGCUGUAGCCCAGAAUCCAAGAGUGAAUCUUCUAUAGAUACAAAGUUGGAGUUGAAUGAUACAGAUAUUAGUAAUGUAUCAAGAACAGAGAGUUCGAUAGAUUUAAAACUUGACGAUGUAAGAUUUAGUCAAGAAUCAAAAAAUGACAGUGUUUGCAAUAAUAAUGAUGAUAAUGUUAAUGAAGGCAUUAACAAUAAAAAUAAUGUUAAUAGUAUUAAUGAUAUUUGUCUAUCGGAGAUGAAUAGUAUUCAAGAUCUCAAAUAACAGUAACGAAGAACAAAAUGCGCUUAAGAAGAAUAAUUCUUUGGUUUGGUACAUGAUACAUUUCAUAUUGUACAUAUGGAUGUAUAAUGUAACAAUUCAAUUAUAUGUAGAUAUUAUUUAAAUCUAUGGAACGUCAGUUUCAGAUUUUUUGAAUAAUAUUCUAGUAUAUAGUUAAAAAAAAGAAGAAAUUAACGUUUUAGUAACGUGAACUCUAAAUAGUUUCCGGUUUCAAAAUAGUUCUAUCGCAGAAGCAUAUCUAUAUGCAAAAUACAAUGUAUUGAAAUUAUCUUUUACAUUAUAUUUUCACAAAAUGGCUGUGAAAAAAAAUGAAUGUAGUUCUUGUGAAAAAAAUUAUACAUGUGCAAUUCUUUAGUGUAUACUAAAAAGGAAGUACAUAUGGGCAUGAGGGAACAUUAAACACCAAUUUCUCAGUAAUAGAUUAAGUCAGAAAGAACAUUUGAAGACAUAGCGAACGAGCUACAGUAUGAAUUAGACUUAUAAAUUAAUUUUAAAUUUACCAAAUUUAAGCAAUUCGUAAUUAUGCAAAAGAAUGUUUGCAUCUCUAAAGAUCAAUUGAAUUUGUUAAGCCACAUAUAUGUCUAUUAGCACUUGUUCUCACAACAAAACAGAAAUAUAAAAAGGAUUAAGAAUGUUGUAACAUGCAUGUAGUAAAUACAAUGCAUUAUACACAAAUGUAGAAUUAAAUAACCAUAAAUCAUGUGCAGACAUAUAUGACAUUAAUCUUAAAUCUUUAGUUAUUUAAAUAACAAUGCGUUUAUACUUGUACUAUUUUUAAUUUAAAUUAUAAUCAGUUGUAUAUUUCUGUCAAAAUUCUUUAAGUAGCCAAUUAACGUACACUUUAAUUGUAUUUUGAACUAAAGAGAACGUACUAACAUGAAAUAUAAAAACAUUUGUAAAAUUAAAACGAUAAAGUCAUAGGGUAUUAAAUUUGUACAAUUGUUAUCAUAGAAAAAGAAAAAUACACAAAUAAUUGCUUAUUUCUAUACUUUAUACAUUUUUAUAGCAUGUUUUAAUGAGCAAUGGAACAUAGAAGGUGACAAAGGUGUCCUAUAUGUUUGAUUAACAUGCUAAGGUAAUGUACAAAUGAUGAUCUGGUACAAAAAUUUACAUAAUUUAAGAAAUUCCUGUUUAUUUCUCUAAAUUGUGAUUUUACAUAAUUGUGCAAAGGGUGUAAUUGAUAUCAAACUUUAAUUGUAUAAGUAAGCUGUACAAGAGAAAAUUGUAUAUGAAUAUACUUAUCUAUUAACCUUA